GAUUUCGUUCAUUUUAUUUAUUUACUAAAUUGCAAUGAAGCCGCGUGAUCUAAUGCGUAUUUUGUUAUUGUUCUGCUUGCGAUUUGUGAUUAACUUUUUUAUUCUCUACCGCCAAAAAGAAAACGGCGUUACAGAAACGCAGCAACGGCCUGGGAUUUAAUGAACAGACAAAAACUGAAUGAUGUGUCACUCGUACAUAUGUUUUUAGUUUGCACGCUAUUUUUGUUUUGAUGAGAUGGAAAACUGCAUUAAUUGCGAGGAAACCACGAGGAAAUACAAAUGCAGCAAGUGCUCGGCGCCUUACUGCUCUGUUGCCUGUUAUAAGGCCCACAAGGACUCGCCCCAAUGUUUGGCCAAGGAUUUGGUGGGAAAAAAGGAUGAGCCUGCAUUCCAAGAGGAACCUACUCUCCAUGUACCCUUUACCACCGAUGACACUGUGCCUGCGGAUAAGCUACAGCACCUAGAAAACUGCCCGAAUCUGCGCAACUUGCUCCAUAAUCCGCACCUGCGCUCGCUUCUCCAGCAGAUCGAUGUCGCCAUCAAUGCUCAGACGGCCAUGAUGGCCGCCAUGCAGGAGCCACUGUUCCUGGAGUUCGCGAAUGCCUGUCUGCAGGUUGUGGAGCCCAUGUCGGAUUCGGAGCGCGCCGAGUUGGAGUUGUGCUCCUGAGAUUCACCCACCAUUCCCUGCUCCAAUGCCUUAAUAAAUUUAGCCAUAUAUUUUGUAACUAA